GUUAUACUAAAUAGUCAAUAUAUGACCCAUCGGUGUUCUGCUAUUAGUACAGCAUCAGUCAACCUAACAGUCAACUCAAUCAAAACUUGCUAUCCUAUAAAAACUAAAAAAAGAAAAUUUCACGCCUUAUUUCACAGAUAUAACAUCAUAUAAAGUCCUUUAUAAUAAUAUUUAUAUGUGAAGUCGAACUUAAAAUCUUUAACUAAAAUGAUGCCUUCUCACAGACAUAGGAAAUUCAAUUAAGGAACAUACACAACUCCCGGCGUGUUGGGGAAUUUAUCACAUCCAUUGAUAGCUCUUACGUGUGAGUUUCCCCCAACUUACCAAUGCGAUUACCAACCAUAUGAUGUAGAUCUAUACUGUGAGUAUAGUUAAACAUUGUUGAGUGCUACCUAAUCAGACGAUGGAUUUGGCUAUUCAAAGUCCUCCGCGUCCAAAGCGCCAGGCUUUGCCAAUUCCACCUCAAGAACAAAAGCAACAGACCAAUGCUCAUAUUCGUACCGCUGAUAUGGUCGGCGUGCUGCAAAUGGAGUCUCGGUUGGCAGAGCAGGCGGUGAGUGAUUUGCCAGGCGUCUUCUCCGAAGUCUUCUCUAUGCAGCGUCUCCAAAGUGACGAGAUUGGCCGUCAGAGGGCGUUCUUUGAAGCAAUGAAGAGUAAGAUAGCAGAAGUGGAAAGUCGCAAUGCCGAUUUGGAAUUCGAUGUUGCCUGUGCCAGGAACAAAAUAUUCAUGAAAGAGGAAUGGAUAAAAGACACGGCGAAGAGAGUGAAACAGCUGGACGAAGAAAUCCGGAAGCUAGUUGAGGAGAAGGCGCAGCAACAACUGAAUAUAACGAUUGCCGACGCGCUCUCAGACUCGGAAAUAAGGCGGUUGCGGGAUCGGUGCGAGCAGAUGGAGGAGCACGCGCGUCACGUGGAGGAGUUCGAGAAAACCACCUCCGAAGACCACAAGGAGCUGCAAGAAGUCAAGAAAACCAUAGAAGAGUUGAGAGCACAAAAGACGAGUCUUGAGAACGACGCGGAGGAGACGGAGCGAGUGAUGUCAAGCGCAGUCGCCAUGGAGCUACGCGCAGAGACGGAAACACUAAAACACCAGCUGCGGGACACCGGCACCGAGACCAACCACUUUCUGCAGAGUAUUUCGGAGGAGAAAAACAAACAGAAGCAGGCAGCCCAGACGAUGAAAGUAUUGGAGAAGCGAAACUGCGCUCAGCUGACCCGUCUCCGGAAGCAGGUGGCAGAAGUCCGGCAAAAGAAUGUGCAACGGGAGGCGCAGAACCAGAAACUUCGCGACAACAUUGAGAACGCCCGCAGGAAACUGGCACCAUAGGCUUGAGUUGUUUUUAUAUGCAUUGAUACAAGAACUGGCAAGACGUUCAUGGUGAAAACGUUUAUUGUGUAAUACGAUAAUGAGAA